CCACGCCCUACGCCCUACAAUAUGACAGCAAUGAACCAACAGCUGCCUUACACGUGCUGGUUCAUUGAUACCCGCUCGCUAUGGCCAGGUGACAAGAUUGCAGACUCGGCCGCAGAGGCGCUCAGCUUGAUCUCCGAGGAAGAGCGCAAGGCAUGUAUACGCAAGUUCCGCAUCGCUGAUGCCAAAAUGUCGCUGGCAUCCGCACUUCUCAAACGACUUUUUGUAGCCAAAACUCUUGGGACACCAUGGAAAUCCAUUCGGUUUGGCCGCAAACGCGAUCCCAAGCAUGGAAAGCCUUGCGCAGAGCUACCAGAUGGUACGCGCUUGCCGGUUGAGUUCAACAUCUCACAUCAAGCGGGACUGGUCGCGCUCGUGGGUUGUAUAACAAAAGAUUCGGCCAGUAGCCUGGAGGAACCCGAAGUCGGAGUAGAUAUUGUUUGCGUCAACGAAAGGAACGACUAUAGACUUGUGGAUGAGGAGGGUUUCGAUGGUUGGGUGGAUGUCUACCAGGAGAUCUUCAAUGAGGAGGAGAGCUGGGACAUGAAAUACAACGUCGACCCCUUCAAGUUGCUUGAUGGCACUAUCGUGGAUGCUAGUAUGCUGGGACGUCACGACCGGUGUUGCGUCCGCAAUAAGGACCUCGUUGCGACACUGCCAUCUGGCGAGCAACGCGAAUUCUCGAGCGAUCUUCUGAUUGAUGCAAAAUUACGUCGCUUCUACACCCACUGGUGCUACAAAGAAGCAUACAUCAAGAUGGAUGGCGAGGCGUUGCUAGCAACCUGGAUCCGAGACCUCGAGUUCAAAGGUGUGAGAGCGCCGACAGCUGGAGUCGUGGCCAGGUGCAGCACCCACGUCACGUGGGGCGAGAGAGUGGAAGGACCUGAGAUAUGGCUAAAGAGGAGGAAGUUGGAAAAUGUGAGGAUGGAGAUAAGAGCCUUUGAGGAGAACUACAUGAUAGGUGUUGCGGUAAAACCAUCGAAGAAUCUACCGCAGGAGCUCACAAAUUUCGAGGCGCUGCAUCUAGAGACCGACGUGAUGGAUUUUGCUAGGACCGCCUGA